GCCUCCAGGUUCGACCAUCCGCAUACCCAUCUUCCAUCCACUGAUCAGACGCGUCACGUCCGCUCUCUUCGCCACACGAAUCCCGACAACAAGCGCCAUGAAGUCCCUCAUCGCCAUUGCUGGCCUCUUCUUGGCCAUCACAGCAAUGUGUCAAGACUUGAGUCCGGUCUUUAACCUUUCCCCAUGCCCCAGAUCUUGCGCAAUGGAAACCUCCGGAAGGGCCAAGGAAUUUGGCUGUUCCUCUGGUGAUAUUGCCUGCCUUUGCAAGAACAAAGAGUACCAGCGCGCACUCAUGGAAUGUGCUAAAAAAUGCAAGCCUGAGGAAAUCGAGGCCUUGGCUAAAGCUGGCCGCGAGGUUUGUGACAGUGCAGGUGUCUCUAUUCCUCCCGCGACUGGCGCAGAUAUUACCAUCCCCGUUCCCACGGUGCAAUUGCCAUCUGCUCCUGUCCCUGAACUCCCCUCGGUUACCGCCCCCCCUUUGCCUGAAUUACCAACUGGUUUACCCCUUCCUUCUCUCCCAUCAGUUCCAAACCUACCUCCCAAUGCUGGAGUUGAAGGUACUACUACAACUUCCCGCUCCUAACUCCAUGCCCAUUCUCCCUAUCGAAUCGAGCGACACCACCUCUCAAGACCCGGCCUUGAAUCCUUCGGCCUCAGCCCCCAGCAGUAGCAUCGAUCCAUACCUUGGGGCCGCCAACCUCCUAUCACCGGUACAUAAUGGUGUCAUCUACAUCGUUCUCCUUGCCCUGGCCUUUUAAAUUUCCCACCAGCUCGACAACAAUGCUGAUGUAUCUACACUUCAGCAAAACUACCUCACAGCCAUUUCCUAUUUCCCAAGUUUGAUGAUUUUCACUUUCCAUGAUUCCGGUCUCUUAUUGUCAUCUUCUAAUUUGCCAUGACCUUCUGCUUCCCCCGCUUCCUCGUCAAUCUUUUUUACCUUGGGGAAUACGAAAUAACAGGCGCCCGAAUAUAUGACGCAAGGACUAUAUGUACUGCAAAACUUUGCUUUUAAUUGUUGAUGAUCUCGGAUGGCUUUGAAUUUCGUCCAUGUAUAUUUUACCAAACCCACACUGAGUGCCGCUCACACAGGUACAACCCAAAUUCUAUAGCGCACCACAAAUAUAAAUUACUUAUACCUUGCGC